AUGCCUGGUAGUGAAACUCUCCGGGCGCUGCGGCUGCUGUCGCGCAGCUCAAGUGGCCUUCUUUUGGGGCCCGAGAAUGUGACACGACGAUGCUUUGCACGAUCGAUGGCCACAGAGUCUCAGGCCAGUACUUCGACCGCUGCCGAUACCCCGAGAUCCUCGCAGCUCGCACCAUGGGACCGCCCCGUCAAUGUCAUGACCUACGCCUUCCCUUCCAUGGAGCCUGUUCAAUUAGUGAACUACACCCAGAAACAACUACAAAUGCCCAUUCGGAAAGACAUCCUGCACCGUGCAAUCGUAUACGAGGGUGAUAUGACCCGGCAAGGCACAGCCAGCACGAAAUGGAGGGACGAUGUGCACGGAAGCCACAGGAAGGUGCUGCCGCAAAAGGGCUCCGGUCGUGCCCGUGUUGGUGACAAGCAAUCGCCAAUCCGCAAGGGCGGUGGUGUUGCCCACGGUCCCCACCCCCGCGACUUCUCGACCGGCUUGCCCGCGAAGCUCUACGACCAAGCCUGGCGCAUUGCCCUGAGUUACCGGUUCCAGCGCGGAGAGCUGAUUGUGAUCGACGACAAGAUUUCGAUUCCUCGGGACUCUACGCCGUACCUCAUCGAGAACAUCCUCAACAGCAAUGGAUGGAAUACGAAGAAGGGUCGGUCGACAUUGAUUACGGAGAAGGUGGACGAGGAGCUGUUUGACAAGGUAGAGAAGAUGAACCGAUAUGCGACCAUCAUGGACCGCAGUGAUGUCGAUGUGAAGAAUUUGCUGGAGACCGCGAGGUUGAUUAUCGAGAAGAAGGCCCUGGAUCGGAUCCUCAAAACGCACUCGCGGGAUCUGGACAGCAAGCCUGCCAGCGCACGAUACCUGUAA